AUGAAGAUUAAUAUCAGAGCUGUACAGGCCGCAGAGCUAGUCAUUCAAUCCAUUUAUGAAUUUGAUGAGGCCACUAGGGCAAAAGAGCUCGAUCACCACCAGCGCCGUGGUGGUAUGGAGGCUCCAGUCAAAUCUCCGGUAUACGUCCUUGGUAACCCAUCCGCGGACCUAGACUCCAUCAUUUCUGCAAUCAUAUAUUCAUAUUUUGCUACAAGAGCGGUGCCGGCCAGCCCUUCUACCAUUGCCUCAUCACCCGGAAGGCAAGGGAGUGAUGUUCAUGCCGGGCAAGAGUUGAAAAGGCUGAGGCCAGAGUUUUUCACGGCCUUGGGGCUAGCGGUAGGAUGGGAUGGAAGCAGAGCUACAGGUGAUGGGUCUUUGGCGAAGAAAGGAACCGACGCGGUGGAGGCACUAGAAGGCAGUGUUUUGACUGUUGCGGAUUUGAAGGAGAGGUUACUACUCUCAGCUCUGGGUAGUCCAGGUGAUGCCUGUCGACGAAACGAAAACGAGGCAAGUGAUAGAAGAGGGUACAACGAAGCUGGAUCCAGGAGGAACAGCCAUGCUGCAGACGAACAAACAAACCUAGAUGUCAUGAUGGUGGAUUGGAAUGCGCUACCCAAACUCCCAUCAAAUGGAGGGAAGGGUGGCAUUGAGGGACUUUCAGACGCGCUUCCGGGGCUCGGAAUCUGUGUCGUCGGCUGCAUAGAUCAUCAUGAUAAUGAAAGUUUCGUGCCAAGAGAACCUGCUUCACAUCCCCUUGAUCCCUACUGUAUACAAACGGGUGUUGGAAGUUGUAUGUCUCUCGUGGUCCGCGAGUUGCGAGCCCAGGGUCUUUGGGCCGAUAACGUUUCCUUCUUAGAUCCCUGCGCCGCCUUGGACGAAGAGAGUCCCGCAGAUGAGACCGCAAUCUACGAAGCACAGGCGGCGAAGCUAGCCAUGGCAGCAAUUUUGAUCGACACAGUUAACAUGACGGCGAAAAGCAAAGUGUCCACCGUUGAUACUGCGGCGGUUGCGUUCCUGGAAGCCAAGAUACAGGCUGGCGUUGACGCACAUUUACGAAGUAAAUCUCAAUCCUCUGCAGCUGGCGCGAGUUGGGAUAGGCAGUCAUUUUACGAUGCAAUCGCUCUCGCGAAGGAGAAUAGCGUUGAGAACUUAACAGUUUUAGAGGCGCUGGGGAGGGAUUAUAAGGAGUGGACCGAGAUUAUUGACACAAAGACAGAACCGCCAGGCAUAAACAACACUAAGGCAGUGAAAUUGGGCAUCUGCUCUAUUGUCAAACCGCUCUCCUGGCUGAUGGAGAAAUGUGACCGGGAAUCCAAAGAUUUUGCUCCCAACGAUACAUUCUUCAAGUAUCUCUCCUCCUUUCGCAGCUGA